AUGGCUGACACAAGCUCCCCCGAGAAAUCUUCGGGCUGGCGAAUAUCCAAGGCCUGCCAAGAAUGUCGCAAAAGGAAGAUCAAAUGCAACGGCCACGAACCGUGCAAGACCUGCCAGCUGCGAAACACGCCGUGCACUUACCGCGAGGUCAUCCGGCAGCGGAAGAAGAAACACCAAUACAGACAAGAUGCUGAGGCUGCUGAGGCAUAUGCGCCGAAUACCGCACGGCAGCCCUCCCCGGACGUACCGCGGCCCUCAGGGCGGCGGAAUCCGUCCGUCAGCUACACGUUCAACAACAGUGUUUCUGCCACGCACAUGGAAUCCCCAUCAUGCAAGGUGCAAUUGUACUAUGGGUCGACAUCGCACUUUGCGCUGAUGCACGAGAUCUACCGAGAUUUGGUGGAAAGCAAACAUGCUCCUCAAUCGGAAGACCCGCGCGAGGUCCAGGAGGCCGGAGCUGGCUUGGACAUGUUCAGCUUCCGCCGCAUUUUCUUCGGGGGUCCUGAUGGAACGAAUGAUUCGUUGAAGAAUCAAAAUUCGGCAGAUGUUCCGGUGAUGUUUCUACCCCAUGAACAGGCCAAGGCGUUCCUGGACCGGUUCCUGUCAUCACUGUAUGUGAUGGUGCCGUUUCAGUCAAGGGACACGUUCAAACGCCAGCUCUGGAAUUUGUAUAACCCAAGCCCAGACUUUCGGACCGAUACUUGGGGUCACUCUAUGAUUUUAAUGGGUUUGGCGAUGGGGUCUCUGGGGACUGAGCAGUACAGCUGGGGCGAUGUGCUUUUCGAAAGAGUAAAAGCUUCGUGUGCAAUGUUAGAUGACGUCGUCAAUCUUCAAACCUACGCCCAUUUUCAAACCGAACAAGGGAGACCCAACUCAGCCUUUCUUCACCUGGGAACUGCAGCCCGCAAGGCAAUUUCCGCAGGGCUGCAUAAAGAAGCCCCGAAUGAGGGAGAUACGGCUCACAGCAUGGAAGAGCGAAGAACUACAUUCUGGGCCCUCUUUUUUUACGAAACUUGGUUCUGCUUUCAUCUCGGCCGACCAUGCUCACUCCAUAGCCGAGAUGUCGGUAUUGCACUGCCCGAAGAACCUUUCAUGCUCGCUUUGGUGCAUCUGUCGAAAGUAAUUGCGCGAUCCGCCGACGAAAUGUACGGUCGGCACCAUGAUUCGCUGUUGCAAAUGUGGAAGAUCGCCCGGUCGAUUUCGGAUGAUCUCCGUUGCUAUGACGCGAAUAUGCGGCGAGCUCUGGGCUUUGGCCUUGACAAAUGCGCCCAGCCAGGCGUGCUGGGUGUACAGCAAACCAUGCUAAUCACUCUUUAUUACCAUACAAUUCUGUUAACGUUUCGACCAUUCUUGAUAUUUCGGGGUCGAUGGCAGGGAGACGCAAAAAUAGCACCACCCCGUGGUACAAAUGGGACGAGCAGGCGGCCAACUGAAGUCCCAGCAUGGCUCAAUGAUGCCUGCAAUCAUGCGCUCAGCGCUGCUUGUCGGACCAUCCAUUUUCUAUACGAGGCGUCGAUCGUAAACGAUCUCGUCAGGGAACUUCGGUAUCAUGGCUAUUUCCUCGGAAGCGCCUCGUUCGUUCUGAUAUACGACCUACUACACGGCGAGAACCUGGCCAACACGCAUCUUCAGUGGAUCCACGCAAGCCUGCAAUGUCUUUCAUCAGCUCGGGCGGGUGAUCCGAUCAAAAGCACCAUCGGAGCUAUCGAGACUACCCUCAAAAAGAUCCAUCCUUCAUUCGAAUGGGUGGCCCAUCCGGCUACGAAAGAUCAAGGCUUGGCUAUUGACCCAGCCACAAAUGCUCUGCGCCCGCCCACUAGUAUGCCAAACCAGCAAGGAGGCAUCAUGUACGACGGAUUGGGCGAUCCCAUGGCAGCUGGCCUGCCGAUGUUAUCUGACUUCCAGGGCAAUUCCUUGCAGGACGACAUUCAUCCGGCAAGCGUGGGGAGUGAAGAGCUCCUUGACCUGACCAUGUCGGACAUGGGUUGGGAUUUUGACUUUUCGACCAUGGACCUUGAAGCAUUUUUCUCGAUCAACCCUAAUAUGGGAGCGCCUGUUAUAUGA